GCAACAUUCUGACUGGAAGAAAUUUGUUUAACAUUUAAACCUAUUUUCUGCACAUUCCAGCACAUAAAAUAAAAUAUUUUUCUGUGUUUACACUCACUCUUUCAAAUAGAAUACGUCAAAGGCUGAAUCAGCAUAAGAGCAGGGUGUGGCAAAGUAAAGGGGUGUGUUCUCAUACAAUAAAAGGACACGCUAAGGAUUAAUCUUGCCAGACAAGUUUCAUUCAUCAUUACACUGUCAUGGCUGGGAGAGGGAAACCGCGCAAGCUAAACAGUCUCGACGCUGAGUGCACUAAAGUAAGUUCUCCUGAUUUAACAGAAGGGAAGCAGAGUGAAAAACAAACGAAACAGAAACCAAAGAAAGCGGAGCAGAAAAAUCCAAACGAUGCUGAAGAAAAGUUUCCUCCUGACAGUACCAGAAGAGAAUCUCCAGACAGCAGAGCGGAGAGAACACGUGCUACCAGGACCAAGUCGACAAAACAACUUCCAGUGGCGAAACAGACAAAGGAAAAUCCAAAAACCACAAGAACAAAGAAUACAGAAGAGGCUUCAGAACAGACCACAAAAACCGAAAUAAGUGCUGGCAAAGCCAAAUCACCACCAGCAAAAGCCCGUGAUGCCAAGCCAAAAGUAGAAGUACAAUCUGCUGAGCAGGAUACAAAGGUUGCACCAGGAAAAUCUCAGGAUUUAAAAAGGAAAGACAUGACCAAAGAAAAAGCUUCAACAGAUUAUAUCCUUAAGGAAACUCUGGAAAAAAUUAGAAUUAAGAUGAUUGACAAAGUCAACGCAGCAGAAGUCAUAAAUGCGAUAAUACAAAAUAUAAUCAAUCAUUUAAAACAAAAUACAUCAAGCUUUAAAGAGGUACAAGAACCCCUAAAAACAGGAAGCUACUAUGAAAAUCUAAAGAUUUGUAAUCCUGAUGAAUUUGAUGUCAUGCUGCCCAUCUUGGUUGAUCGGGUGAAACUUGAACCAUUUGGAGAUGAUGGCGCAUUUUACAGUGUGGAAUUAAAACGUGGCCAGAAGACUCUGGAAAAUUUAGAAAAUGGCAUUUUAUCUGCUACCAAGAUGCUCAAUGAGUUCAGGGAAGAAGUGAAGAAAUGUGUCAAGAAUUUUACUGAAUGGAAGGUGGACAAGAAGAAAAAAGGCUGUCCAGCAGUGACCCUGACCACACAUGUACAAUCAGUCCCAAUUAAGCUGGAUGUUGUUCUCUGCCUUAUGGUUAAAUCAAGCUGGCCGCCUUUCACAACCGAAGGCCUUAAAAUAAACAACUGGCUUGGGGAUAAGGCUAAGCAGGAAUACAGGCAAAAGCCGUAUUAUCUGGUCCCAAAAUAUGAGGGCAAGGGUACAGUGGAAAGUGAUGGGGUCCUUAAUAAAGAUGUUUGGAGAGUUUCAUUCUCUCACAUUGAGAAGGCCAUCCAAAAUCACGGAUCAAAGAAGACUUGCUGUGAAAAAAGUGGAGAAAACUGCUGCAGGAAGUCCUGUCUGAAACUCCUAAAGCACCUGCUACAUCUGCUGAAGGAAAGGGACUCUUCAUUUGACAAGUUUUGCUCUUAUCAUGCCAAAACGACACUCUUUCAUGCCUGUUGCUUGCGAACUGAUGACAGCAACUGGAGAGCCUCAGACCUGAGCAAUUGUUUCCAGCUGCUCCUGGAAGACUUUGAACGUUACUUGGAAAAUGGUGAACUAUGCAACUUUUUCAUUCCAAGUCAGAACCUGUUCUCUGGUAUUAGAAAGUGCAAAUGUCUGUCCGGUGCUAUCAGGGAGGAACGUCUGAACGGCUUUCCUAUUUUCAGGGAACAACUUACAAAAGUCACGAGCUCAGACGUGCAUUAAUGUCCAUUUUUAAGUGCUAUAGUGUCUUGAUGCAUGCUCAAUCAAAUGCUGCAUCCAGAUGAACAGAAUCUUCGAAAGUUGAUUCUGUUCAUCUGGAGGUACCCAGAUAGCAAAUAUCCAUUGAAACAAUGUUUAGUCAAUAUCAGUUGAAUCUAUUGAAAAAACAUUGAAAUCUGAUAUUGACGUAACAUCACUCUUGCACCCUUUUUUAAUGUUGAUACAACAUCAGGAUUUGAUAUUGAAUCAAUGUUGAACGCUGAUGUUGAUUUUCCAUCACUUUUGCACCCUUGGUUACUAUUGAAACAACAAUAAAAUCAUGAUUAAAAAUCAGUAUUUAACAGGUAUUUGUAUCAAUACUAAACCACUGCAAAUUACCAGCAAUACUUAAACCUGCUAAAAAGACAAUUGUGUAUGAUCCACAAAUAGGAAACCAUUAUAUGCUGGACAUUAUCUUACAAUUUGUCAUGUCCAUAAAAAUAUCCCUAUACUAUGAAGCAUCUGGCAUUAUGUAAUAAAAAAAUGACAGACAUCUGUGUGUCAAUAACAAAGGAUCAGAUGAUGGAUCAGAUGAAAAAUCAACAUCAGUUCAACGUCUCCUUGCCAUAUAGCGUUUUCAGACGCUAUGAGAUUUACUUACCUGGAUGAUUGAGCAUGAAUCAACACAGAUGAACAGAAACAACUUUUUGGGAAGUCCUAUAGUGUUUACAAUGCCUCAGUAAUUUACAACUUUGAGUUUUCAUGUGAUUUUGUUGUUUCCUGUUUUGCAACACAUUUAUAAGAAAUUCUACUAGUACAACUGAGAUGUAGGGGUACAGUUACAGAAGUACUUAUAUACUUUUCUUAUUACGUGUUUCUUUAUUAUAUUCUAAGUCAAUCCUUAAUAUAUUGCUUAAAUGUGUUUUUAAUAUGUCAGCUAUUAAUCAGCAAAUUACAUUAUCUUUUCAUUGCCCAUAUAUAUUAUUAUAUAUUAUAUUUUUUAACUGACUUUUUUCUGAAGCCAGACGAUACCUCUUAUUUGUAA